AAUGGCAUUUCCCAACUGGCAGUUCAUAAGACAAAAGCAAGCUGGUGACGGCAGUUGUGGCGACAGCCUGUUGGCUCGUAGUUAUGAAAUCCAAAGAACUGGGAGAUGUAAUGGCAGCCUAUGAACUAGUAGAAAGAAACUGGACACAGCAAGGCAGCAGAUCACAGUGAUUAUUAACAGCACUUCCUUCCUCAGCUGCUUCACAGCUUAUGGAAACAUCCUCUAAGCCUUUGGCACUGCUGAAGGUGCCUUAUGUACAUGACUGUGGUGCUGUGAUCCGUGAAGUGGCUUGGAUUUCUGUCACACAGCUUCCUGCAGGAAAUGCACGUGGUAAAAGAAAUACAUUAACUUCGAAGUGGAACUGAACAAUGGAACCAGAUAUUAUUCGAAUGUACUCCUCAUCCCCUCCACCACUAGACAAUGGAGCUGACGAUGAUGAUGAAGACGAAUUUGGAGAGUUUGGAGGAUUUUCUGGUGUUAGCACAUCUGGUGUAGGUUUUGCUGAUUUUGAUACACCAGACUACGGUCAUCCAAAGGAGGAGUUUAUAUCCACAAACCAUUUCAUCCCACUUCGUGAUUAUUCUGACAACGUAGCGAGCAUUGCAGCUUUCACAUCUGUUAAAAAUGUUAAGGAUAAAGACUGUAUUGCAGAGCUUCCUACUCUUACUAAGGAACAUCCUGACAUGUCAGCUACUAGUACCAGCAAAGAAAAAUCCAAGUCUAAAACUUCAGGUGCUGCUUUAGAAGAUGUAAACAAAAGAGGGGAACAAAGAGAUGGCACUGGGAAAUUGGAGAGUUUUGCAUCUCAUGUGGUUAGAACUGGUAAAGCAGUUGAAAGCCAGAAGGAGCAAGCAGAUGCAUGUAAUGGUGAGAAACUUCCAUGUCUAGAGAUUCUAACAAAUGGAUUUGCAGCAUCAGAUUCUGUGAAUCCUCAGGGAAUAGAAGAUUUAGACGGUGGCUCAACGGGACUGAAAACUGUUAGUGCCCUUAGUACUGAGCAAAAUUUGAACUCAAUGCCCAGCUCAGGUGAAGACUUUGCUGAUUUUGCUACAUUCUCAAACAAAAGCCCAAUCCAUUUAGAGGGAGCAGGACCUACCAUAUGCAGUGUUGUUAAUGAAAGAGACUCUUUGAGCAUUCAAGAGAACAACAGAAUAAACAGAGUAACUCCUACUGAACAAGAGCUUUGCAUUUCAGAAAAUACUUGUGAACAGGGUCACUCAACACUGGAAAAUGAAUUUGCAGUUUCUCAAGCAGCUGGAAGUUCAAUGUGCACUACUGAAAAUGGAGAACACAGUGAGAGGAGAAGACAACACAGCAUAGAGUAUGACAAAGAUUUUACUAGGCCUGAUGAUAUUUUGGGAACAGAGGACAUCAAGGUUGAUAAGACCCAAAGCCUAGGCUGUGAUCAUACGGGAGAAAAAUUGGGUGACUCUGAAGAUCUUAAGAGUGGUGGAAAUAGUGCUGAAGUUGUGGCUUGCAGUAACAUGCAUGACAAUGAUUUUGGUGAUUUUGGUUCAGUCAGCAGUAUGUCUCCUACCUUUGUUAAUGUUCAAGAAUCAAGAGAUGCUCUAGAUCUAGAAGGAACUUCAAAACAGUCUGCAUAUGUUAGUGAACCUAAUGAUGAAUUUGGUGAAUUCAGGGACACAAGUACUGUUUCUCAGCAGCCAGCAAGGCUGGAUCAAGCUGAACUAAAUGAGACUGCUGAAAUUUUAAAAUGUCAUACCGCUGGCUUAGAUUUCCAGCAAGCUGCUGAGGUAGAAGGUGGUGAUAAUAGUGAAUUUGGAGACUUUGAUACAGUGCCAAAUCCUCAAGACAAGAGUGCUGAUUUUCAGGACUCUGAUGACUUUGCGGACUUCAGCUCAGCAGGUUGUAACCAGGCUACAGACUGGAAUGCUUUUGAAGAUGAACAAAAAGACAGCUGUUCUUGGGCUGCCUUUGGAGAUGAGCAAGCUGGUGAAUCUCAUCACAGAAAAGAGACGUGGCAGUCACAUAGGACAGAUGCAUCAGCCAGCAUCGAUGGUCCAGUAUUACGCACGACUGAUAGUUUUGCUUUAGCAUCUUCCCAAGGGACUACCAGUAAGCAAUCUCAAGAGCCAGCACCUUCAGUUCAGACAACAUUGUUAAGUCGUUUGGAACGAAUAUUCGAAGCCUGUUUUCCUUCCAUUCCUGUUUCUGAAAUUGAAGAAGAUAUAAGUUCCUUGAUUGGUUUGCUGGAAGCAGGUGAAAAGCGUAUGACAGCUGAGGAGACCUUAGCAAAUACUGGGGAACUGAUGGACGUGUGGACAGAACUGCAGGAUAUCCAUGAUGCAUAUGGACUGAGAUACCAGUGGGGUGGCUCCCACAGCAACAAAAAGCUUUUGUGCUCCUUGGGAAUUGACACAAGAAACAUUCUCUUUACAGGCAACAAGAAACAGCCUGUUAUAGUACCCAUGUAUGCAGCAGGACUGGGUAUGUUAGAGCCUACCAAGGAACCUUUGAAACCAAUAUCUGCAGCAGAAAAAAUAGCUUCAAUUGGACAGACACCUCCUGUAUCACCAGAGAUGAACACAUGCACAUCUGAUCAGUUCCAGGAAUCUCUACCACCUGUCCAGUUUGACUGGAGUAGCAGUGGCCUUACUAACCCUUUAGAUGCUAGUGGAGGUUCCACUCUUCUGAACCUUGAUUUCUUUGGGCCCGUGGAUGACAGUAGCUCUAGCAGCACCACCACAAUCCCAGGUGUGGAUCCUGAGUUGUAUGAAUUGACAACCUCAAAACUGGAAGCUUCCAAUGCCAGCAGCAAAGUGACUGAUGCAUUCGCAAGACUCAUGUCCACAGUGGAGAAGGCAAGCACGUCAACAAGGAAGCCUAAAAAGGAAGAACAUCUCAGUGAAGAAGCUGCCAAGGUGAUUUCUAGCCUUCCUGACUUAACUUUCAUGCAUGCCAAGGUGUUGAUGUUCCCAGCCACAUUAACACCUUCAACAAGCUGCCAAGAAAAGGUAGACUAAAGUGAUGUGAAUUGGACGUUUCUUUUAUUGAUUAAUUUUCCUUUCCCCCCCCCCACUUUUUGUUUUUAAUUGUUUCUUUUCUUCCCUUGGUGGGUCAUAAAAAGCAAUCUUGCUUAAACUGAAAAGAAAACAAGUUCAGAUGAUUUGUUGGUAAGCAGCACUAAAAAGGUAUACAUAGUAAUGUAUAUUUAUUUACAUACUGGAGUCCUAAAUUUAUAUUAGAGGAAAAAAACCCAAAUUGUAAAUAACUGAGGGUCUAUCUUUUUUGAAGAUCUAUUCUUUUUGUUGUGCCGGGGUAUAUACAUUUCUGUCUUUGUGAAAUACACUGGUGGUGUCCUUCUUACAAAACUUGAAAAGAUUAAAAAAAAAAAGCCUAGAAACACAUCAUGAAAACUUCACAAUCUGUGGAGUUCCCUAAGCCCUAAAAGUUUUCAGCUUGCAUUGAGCAUCUUCUUUUUUUUUCUUUCCUGCAUAUAUUAAAGUAUUUAUUGCUGGGGUAAAAAACCCAAAAAGCAAACAGCAACAAAAGGUUGCAUUGUCCCUGUGUGGGGUUGCAGUUACUGUUUCUUUAAACCUCAACAAUUUAUUUUAUGUUUUUGAGAAGCUUAAGGUGUGGGGUUUUUUUUCCCUUUUCUCUCCCCCUGUUUGGUUGGUUGGCUGAUCAGUUUUUUAUGUUCUUAAACUUCAGUGGUAUUUCUCUGUCACUAUAUAGCCUUUUGAAAGGUCUGCUGUCAGUAGCUUCUUGUUCCAGCUAUGGGUCACUGUCAGAACACUUGAUUAUUUUUAACUUGUGUGGGUUUUUUUUUCCUGAGGGUCAUUAGAAAGGUUGUCUGCUUUUAAUCAGUUUGAUUUGAAAAAGAAGGACCAAAACUAUAUGAAUGUUUUACAAUGAAAUUUACCUGUUCAGUUUGUUUUUUUAAUGUUCUGUUGUACCACUAUUUCUGUUUGAUUUUGCACAGUGUAAAAUGACAUAAUCAUAGAUUGCUAUGGUUUUAGGCUGUAUAUACAGUAAAAAACUAUGGGUUGUAAAUGUCUGGGGAAAUUCCUAUGGAAAAAAAGAGAGCUUAUGUAGAAGAACCUCUAAAAAAGGUCAACAUGCAUGCCCAAGGUCUUUUGAGAUUUAAGUGUGUAAAUUUCCUUUUAGCUUACACAAAAUAAAAUAAUUUAAAAGAUG